AUGGGCGGAACAUCUGUCCCUCAUGCUGACGUUCCAAUAGUCAAUAAUAACGAUAAAUCACCCGUUGGUAGCGAUUUAGAUGCAAAGGCUUCGCUUGAUCAAAUACAUUAUUCAAAUAACCAAACAGUCGACGCUUAUUUCAGAUUUUCGGACAUUUCUAUGGAUGGAAAUUUAUCAGAUAAAAGAAGGUGA